GCCAAGGAUGAAGAAUCUAAAAUGAUUAUAGAGCUGCGUAGAAUAUUCUUACACGACGAACAAAAAUGCUGUGAUUCAAAUGCUUUGAAGGAAUUAAAAAUUCGUCUUAGACACCAUAUACCACAGACGCUGCAAGGAAAAGGAGCAGAAUUUCAGGAAAUAUUUGAAUCAUUAGUUCAUGACGGAAAAAUUACCUUAGGAAACUAUGAGUUCUUGCACAAUGCUUUAACGGAAAUUGAACAGAUAACAGCCGCAAACAAGAUAAAAGAUUAUCAAUUAAAGAUACAACAAAUAUUAUCUUUAAAUUCCAGUUGUGAAGAGGAAUUGAAAAUGAUCUCAGGAAACGGGGAAAAUUCUAGCAUAAAAACUACAGAAUUCAAAUAUCCAUCGACUUCUUUAAAUGAGAGAAGUUAUUCUAGUGUUUCAUCAUCUUCAUCAGGUUACUGUUUAGUGGAAAGUUAUAGAGACGACUCCAUCUCCUCGCCACCAACAUCGGCGGAAAAUUCGAACAUAUAUAGAACGUAUGAAAUCGAAAUUGCUUCAAUACUGCGAAGAGGAAGUUGAACACCAUUGUAGAACUUUUUAAGAAAAAAUGGAGAAGAAAUAUGUCAGAAAAGAAUCUGUAACGGAAGCACAAGUAGCAAUAGAUAAGAAACAGUCUUCGAAUAUGACUUUGUCAAUGAAUAA